CUGCCCCGCUAUAUAUUGGUCAUGCGGCGGCUCAGCUCUUCAGUCAGCUUGUUCUGUCCGAGCCAUCAUCAUCAUCAUCAACAUGCAAUUCUACGUACUGAUCUUGGCCGUCGCCGCUUGCAUCGCUUCCUCUUCGGCCAAGCCCAGCGGCCUCCUGCCUGCUCCACUGUUCGCCGCUCCUUUGGCUUACAGUGCUCCCAUCGUCACUAGCCGCAGCGCCCAGGUCGUCCAGAGGAACUUCAACGCCGUCGUCGCUCCUUACUACGCCGCCCCAGUGGCCGCUCCAGUUCUCGCAGCGAGAUACGCCUAUUCGGCUCCAGCUGUCGCCGCUCCAGCAGUAGCUGCUCCACUUGCUGCACCACUUGCGGCUCCGGCAGUCGCCGCUCCAGCAGUAGCUGCUCCUCUAGCCGCCCCCGCUAAGCUAGUUGGACCAGCGGUGGCCGCACCCGCUGCAUAUGCUGCGCCAGCUUUCGCUGCUCCCUUCCCUUACUACUUCUAAAAUGUCUUCAACUGAUCUCUGUGAGAUAAUUCAGGAACUUUUACCAAAUUGAUGGAAUGUUUUAUACAUAAAUAAAAAGUACAAAUUAUC